AUGAGCUGCGAGCGAGUGUGGCUGGUGGUCGCGGUGGUGACGGCCUACCUGGGGGCCGGGGGGCUCCUCUUCCAGGCCCUUGGCCCCCCGCCACCGCCGGCCCCGCCCUACGCGGCCGCCGUCCGCCGCUACACCGAGUCCUGUCUCAACCAGCUCUGGCUAAUUACAGGACAAGGGCGCACUCUUGGUCCGCUAAUAGUAUACUUAACUACUCUUCUUCACGGCGGAUCUCCGGGGGCUUCGGCUGAAGCCCCCCCAAAUUCGUAA